AGUUUUUUAAGUGACGCUAAGAAGCUAGGUCGUUAGCAGUCAGUUCAGCAUAAGUCAAGAGUGGCAGACAGCUACACUCGGUAUUAAAAGUACCUCUCUCCGUGUCGUCUGACUUACUAUCAGACUGGACGCAGCGGAAAUGGCUGAGACUUCGUGUGUUUGUACAUUUGUGGUCGCUCUGACCUGAACAAGACUUGUGCUAACGUUAGCUUUGUUAGCACUCCUGCUUGUUUACUGUCACUGCAGCAGGACAGGACAGCCUGUACGAUCAGCUGAGUGAAGGAGUACCACUCGGUUUACGAGUGUUUUUUCUCCCAAGAUGUUCCUAGUGGGGCUGACAGGAGGUAUAGCCUCAGGGAAAAGCACUGUGUCCACGAUGCUGCGAGAGCUCGGCUGCCCCAUUAUUGAUGCUGAUGUUGUGGCCAGGAAAGUUGUGGAGCCACACACCCCUGCCUACACCCGCAUCGUCUACCACUUCGGGCCAGAGAUCCUCCUGGAGAACGGGGAGAUCGACCGCCAGAAGCUGGGUCAGCUCAUCUUCACCAACGAGGAGAAAAGGAAGCUCCUGAACUCCAUCACCCACCCGGAGAUCCAUAAAGCGAUGCUCAAAGAGAUCCUGUUCUACUUUCUCAGGGGUUACCGCUAUGUGGUGCUGGAUGUGCCCCUUCUCUUUGAAACCAGGCGUCUCACUCAGUUUCUAAACCACACUGUAGUAGUUUACUGUGACCCUGCCACUCAGCUGCUGCGUCUGAUGCAGAGGGACGACCUGACCCAGGAGCAGGCCGAGCAGCGCGUGGCUGCGCAGAUGCCGCUCAAUGAAAAGCGCGGCUUAGCCAAUCACGUUAUCGAGAACUCAAGCAGCCGAGAAGACACUCAUCGGCAGGUCCUGCGGCUGCACACAAAGCUGGAGGACUCCAUGGACUUCCUCUUAGUGAGGGUCAUAGCUAUUGCAACCACUGCUGGUCUGGGUGGGAUGCUGCUGUAUGCAGCUAAGAUACUUCUGUCCUAACAGAGAACAGAUGAGGGGUUAGACGAGGUUUGGUCCAGGAUGUGGUCCAGGGAUGAGGGCGUGAGUAGAAGAAGGCAAAGGCACAUUCAAUUUACUGUGAGAUUAGUUUCACAGCACCCACCUCUACAGCUCAGAGGUGUGACGUGCUCUGUCGGCAGUUAACACGGACUUACAUUAUCGACACGACACGCACUGACAUGUGGUUUGGUGUGAAGAGUUUCUAUGUGCAAUUCAUCAGGUUUUACUCGGUGACCUUAAAACAUUAAGGCAGUACCUUAGACGCACAUCUGAUGUACUAGCUCCUGAAUGUUCUCUACAGAAUUCACUGUUAAGGGCCUUAAAGUGGCUGAAUCCUUAGAUUAUGUUGCAGCAGGCAACUCAUAACAAACAUUCAGUAAAGAGUAAAGUCAAACCUAAAAUUGUAAAAAGCAAAGAGAUUUAUUUUGAUACAGCUUAACCCAUUAUAAAGUGAUAAAAGUUAGGUGCUGCAUAGAUUAUAAAAAAACGUACUAUAGCGGGAGAAAGAGCAAAAACAGGUAAAAGGCUGUACUCUCCAUUCAUGCCUUUUUUCUGCAUUCAUCAUUUACCUGGUACAACUGUCAGCUUCAUUUCUAGAAUUAAAACACUUGAGAUAUCUCCAGUCCUAGUUAUGUCUUACAUUGGAUGGAGUGUUCCACAUUGAUAGACAUUUUUAAAAAGUGCAAAGAUAUGACCUUAAUAUUUUCACUGUAUGUGAUUGACCUGUGUAAUGAAGAUUAAUAACUGAAUGUAUUUGACAAUCCAUUUUUAAUGGGAACAGCGUGAACUUCCACAAAUGAACAGACUUUAUACUUAUCACUGUAUUUUCUUACACUUGAAGCUGACCUUCUGUAUGUAAAUACCUGAUUCUAUCUGAUUUUUUGUUUUGUUUGUCACUCACUUCUAACUCAAACACAACGUUUGUAACAUUAGCUGCUUAGCUGAACUAUAAAGGAUCAAACAUUACUGUUUUAAAGGAACAA